CUCUCGGGUGUCAGAGGGGGAGGACACACGCCGCCUUGCUCCUCUGCCACAUUUACCACACCACAGGUCAUGGUCGUGGUGGUGACCUCUGAUGGCUGAACGGGUGACCCUGUACGACCCCUAGCACGACCCCAGCGGCGAGGACCACCCCUCUUGUUGUGUCGUGUCGAGAUAUGCCUGAAAACGACUCGAUUUUUCGUGUCAUCACUAUCUCACCACCACCAUCAUCACCAUCAGGACGUGCAGUGGUGGUGAUGGUGAUGACUUUGUGACGACUGGCUGUGAUAGUGAACUGUGGUGGUGGUGGUGGUGGUGGCGGCGGCGGUGUGUGGUGGUGGUGACUCGUGGUGGUGAUGAUGGUGAUGGUGUGGUGAUUGCAAGGGUACUCGCGACCUCCCCGCUAAGCAUCUUCUGUUGUGGUGAGGUUUCGUAAAGAGAGAGACAAGAGAAAGCGAGAAAAAAAGAAAAUAUUGGCAGAGAGAGAGAGAGAGAGAGAGAGAGAGAGAGAGAGAGAGAGAGAAAGAGAGACAAGACACCCACCAAAUACUUGUAACGUGUAAGUGUGCAGUGAAGUGUUCCUGAGGUGUUACUUAAGGGAACACUGGAUACCUUUGCCUUACUUAACGAAGCACAGGUGAACAGAACACUUACUCACCUGUCACUCGUGUCACGUAUAGACUCACACCUCGACUCCCCUUCCUCACGCCACAAGGUAACGUGACACAGGAGAUCCAAGUGUCUAUAGCAAAAAAUAAUUAAUUGGUGUUGGUUUUGAUACUCUCUGGCUCCUUCCUAACGUGAUUCAAGUGUCUAUAACUGAAAUGAGUGAGUGGUUUUGUAACUUACACAUUGAAGAUCUUCCUAACGUGAGAGGAGGUUCUAGUGUUUAUAACUACAAUAACUGAGUGGUUUGGAAUAACUGGAGCGGUUCAGAAUCGUCCUUCCCAACGUGACAGGAGGCUCAAGUGUCUAUUGACGAAAUAAUCAGCCGGCUUUGGAAGUUAUUGGUUGAAGUGUUUAUAACUGAAGUAAAGAGAAUACAACAAGAUAACGAGAAGAAAAAAAAAUAAGGAAACUCAAGACGAGAAUAAAGAAGAGAAAAGAAUACUGAUGUUCCUUCUCUAAAAAAAAAAAAGUGAGUAGAAAGCGGCUUUGAAUCUUUACAAAUUGAGUUAAGGUCCAAUGUAAAGUUUGUGAAUCUACAUAGAAACUAUUUGAACCCACUCUGAAUCCACAUGAACAAUUCAAGAGAACCAUUUUACUUAUGAAGGAUUGUGUUAUGGAUUCUGAGCGUACGUGAGCGUGUUUGGAAUCUUUUAACAGUGUAUUCUGAUCAUUUGAACCUACUCUGAAUCUACUUAAACAGUUCAAGAGAGCAGGUUUACUUAUGAACACUUUAAUGGUUUCUGAACGUACAUGAGCUUGUUUAGAAUCUUUUAACAUUGAAUUCUGAUCACAUUUGAGCAGCGCUGGGCAGUUACAUUGCUCAAAAGUGUUUGUCUGUGACAGAAUAGUGUACAGAAAAUUCUGAAGGUAUUUGUGGUCUUCGAAACUAUUUGAAUGAGAUCCUGAACCUACUUAAAAUAAUACAAGGCUUUUAUUAUCGAUUGUGAACAUAUUCAAAGACUACAGUGUAUUUUAUGAAAGACUUCAAAAUACACAUUGACUACACGACGCGAGGAAAAGGAUGCUUGUGAUUGCUUUCUAAUGACUCAGCUCACUGGUAAAGGUCUUGACUAGCUACUGCAUCACCACCACUUCGAACUCCAUUCACUGUUAAACUUACCAAACUGAAACUACUUCACGACAGAUUGAUAAUGAACAUUGGUAACAGAACUGAGAGGAGAAAUGUUCAGAGUGAGACAGGAAAUGAGAAGAAAUGAUGUUCUUAUGAGGAAACUGAGGAUGUGAGGCGAAUAAGGAAGGAAAGAAGCGCUAAACAGAUUAAUUGGCUAAGCAACAGUGAAAGUAGCCACGUGACGGGGUGUGUAUGGGUGUGCGUGCGUGUGUGUAUGGUUGUGUGUGCCCAGACCACCUAACUGACAAGAGAGAGUGGAGAGAGGUAGCUCUAAAGAUAAAAUAAAGCAAAAAAGGUGAUGCUGGAUGGAUGGAAAUAAUUAAGAAGAAGAAGAGGAAGAGGAGGAAGAAACAUGAUAAAACUUUUUUCUUGAGUGGAUGUGCGAGAGAUAAAGUUUAGAAACAUGUCUGAAAAGUAUAUUUAUGACGAAGCAAGAAUAGGAAAAAUGACGAGUUUAUAGAACUCUUGGCUACCAAGAAGACAAAGCACAACAGAAUAGAUUCUCGGCAGUUUUAACCAAAGGAGAAAAGAAGAAAAAAAAAUAAAUAAAAGGUUUCAGAAUGAAGAAUAAUUGAAUAGAUAUUGAAGAAAAGACAUUGAUAUUUAUGAAAGAAACGAGGGGAAGAGGAUGAGGAGAAAGAAAUAAACCAAAAGAGUAAGAAAGGAAGAAAAUGCAUCAAGAGUUUAAGAAGAAAAACAAUUUCUAAAGAUAGAAAGACACAACAAGCAAACAAACAGGAAAAUAAACGAGAAAAAAAAUAGUGAGAUACAAAGGGAGACAAACAAUUAGUGAAGGCAAGACAAAGAAGUAAGACACUACCAAACCUAACCAACCCAACCCAGAGGUCAGAAAAACAGGUCAAAAUGAUGAUGAGCUUGCCAGUGACUUCUCUUGCAGGGGGCGGCGCUGUGCCCUCCCCUCUGGCCAACCACACCCACGACCUCGCCUCCCCGCCAGCCUCCCACACUCACCGUUUCGACUUCGCGCCACAGACCUCGCCCACCACCACGUUCAUCAGGGUGAAGCAGGAGCCGGGAUCGCCAGGCUGCAGUAGCGAACCGCCCACCCCAGGAGCCCCGGUGUUGGAUGAGCAGGACCUCCACGCCUCCUCCUGCUCCCCUGCCUCGCUCCAUGAACAGAAUUACCAGGCCGCGGACAGCACCCCUUCGCCCACCACCGCCUCCAGCGCCAGCAAGAACUUCGUGCCGUGCAAAGUGUGCGGCGACAAGGCGUCUGGCUAUCACUACGGCGUCACCUCCUGCGAGGGAUGCAAGGGUUUCUUCAGACGAAGCAUUCAGAAGCAGAUCGAGUACCGGUGCCUGCGUGACGGGAAGUGUCUGGUGAUCAGACUCAACAGAAACAGGUGCCAGUACUGUCGCUUCAAGAAAUGUCUCGCCGUGGGAAUGUCCAGAGAUUCGUCUCUCUCUACAGCGGUGAGAUACGGUCGCGUCCCCAAGAGAUCGCGAGAGAGAGAUGGCGACGGGCGGGGUGAUGCGGGGUCAGGAGCGGCCGAGGGUGUGUCCCGAGAGGUGGAGAACAAGCAGCUGGCUAUUUAUGACAUCAUCCUCACCAUUUCCCAGGCUCACCACGCUAACUGCGCCUUCACGGAGGAGAAGACGCGCGCCCUCGUCAGGAAACCAAUACCUUUUAACACGGCAGAGGUGACCAGUGAUCCUGAGGUGGCGUCGUCUACAGUGGACGCCCUGGAGCAGCAGAAGAUCAGCAUGUGGCAGAGCUUUGCAGUGUUCAUGACGCCUUCCAUACAGCGCGUGGUGGAGUUCGCCAAGAGAGUGCCAGGGUUCUCGGAGCUGUCCCAGGAUGACCAGCUCAUUCUGAUCAAGGUUGGCUUCCUGGAGGUGUGGCUGACGCAUGUGAGUCGGAUGGUCAGCGCCCUGGACAACACCCUCACCUUCAGCGAUGGCUCGUACGUCACCCGCACACAGAUGGAGGUCAUGUUCGAUGAGGACUUUGUGUCAGCGCUGUUCAACUUUGCCUUGACGUUCAACAACCUGAACCUGAAUGACACAGAGUUGGCGCUGUUCACGGCCGUGGUGCUGCUGACGGCUGACCGGCCCGGCAUUACUGACAGCAAGGCCAUCGAACACCAGCAGGACAAGAUCAUAGAGGCGCUAAGGGUUCAGGUGGGGAGGAACCAUGCCAGCGAGACACACCUCUUCCCCAACGUGGUGAUGCGGAUGCCAGAGCUACGGCAGAUUGGGGCGCGUCACCAUGAACACCUCAACUGGUUUCGCUCCAACUGGUCCAGACUCAAGCUGCCGCCACUCUUUGCCGAGAUCUUUGACAUCCCCAAGUGCGAGGAGGACCUUUUAUGAGGGGCUGGUCAAUAGGUGAUUAAUUAAUGAGAUAGUGUUUUGAUGCCUCACUGCCUCACCACCACCACCACCACACCACCACCACCACAGGGAGCCACAGAGGUCAUCCAUCACCACUCAUCUGCCCACACCUGCUCUCCACUCUUCCACUGGCCAUUCACUGAGCAGUAGACUUGACUGGAUGAAAAGUAGGAGGAGGAGGGAGAAAUGAGGAAGGCAAAGAAGAGGAGGAUGUGAACAAGGAAGGAUAAGAGGAUAUCUGAAGGAAGAGGAGGAAGAGAGGUACCCAUGGAUAACCCAACUGGUAUUCUAAAUCCUCCACAAAUCCUUAGGAAGAUAAAUAGGAUAGAUUUGGAUAUCCUCAGCAGUAUCCUAUGACCCUUAUGCCUGGCGUGGGUGGCGUGGAUGCAAGGAUGGUGGCCUGAGAGGUGGACACAGUGGGUAGGAUGGCUGGGCAAGGCUGUGGUAUCCUACAAGUGGUGGUUCCCUUGCUCUCCUACAGUGUGGUGGUCCCUGUGCCCUCAAGUGUCUCCUCUGCGACGGAGAUCCUUCCUGCCUUAUUUGAUUACAUUACUGCCCCGCCAUCCCCCACAGACACUCCUGCGACCCCUGGAGCUGCCGCCGCACCCUCAGUGUCCCUGAGGUGACCCUGAGCCAGAGUGCCCAGGAAUGGUUAGGGAGAGCCGCGCAAUGAGGAUGAGUACAAAUACAAGGGUAGCUCCACGUUUCUUUCCCCUCCCAAGAACGGCAGUGUGUACAUAUUAGCGUGUGCCGGGAGGGACGGGGGAAGCGUUCUGGAGGUGUGCCAGGUGUGAUGCAGUGCCUGAGGGGGUGCCAAGCUGCCCCUGUAGUGCCUGAGUGAGCCAAGCGAGAGAGGAAGUGAGGACAGGACCUGGCAGAUCAGUGGAUGUUUAGAGACACUCGGCAUUCAUUGUUGAGUGAUGCAUUGCGGAAACUACUACUUGUGAAGGGGUACAGGGGAGGACUGCCUCCUGCUGACCUUUCCUGCUCCCCUCCCUGGCCCUCCCUGCCCCCUGCCUCACCCCUCACACUCACUAGCACAAAGUAUGCAAGGUGGUGCCAAUGUGCACAAGCGAUCCAAUGCAAGAAUCCAAGGCAACUGAUCUAAAACAAGUGAUCCGAGCAGGUGAUCUGAGUUGAGUGAUCCAUCCCAUUCCUUUCCCUCCAGUUGAAGUGUGCUUAGUGGCUGGCUGGCUGGGUGGGAAGGUUGGUCUUUGCCAUGCCAGCUGGGGACACAGAGGCAGGUUGGUCCUGGCAGUGUGAGGGAGCGUGACAUAAGCGAGACGUGGAAAGUGAGAGAAGCAAUGUUUGUAAUGGCCUAACAAGGAUUCCACAGCAGUGUUGUCAUGGAAAGCAGAACAAUUAGAGAUGAACAGUCAGAGAAGGAAUUGUGUGUGAUUGUUUUUGCAAGGACUCUACACCAUUAGUUGGGAAAAUGUGGCAGUUUUGCAAGGGAAACUUAAAAAAUGAGAGAUUAAUUGUCUGAUGAGAAUUCUACACUAUUAGUUGGGAUAAUACAGCAAGUUUUGUAGUGGAAAGUUGGCAAAAUUAAGAUUAUUAUUGAGCACAGUGUCAGAAUGAAGCAAGUCUUGUGACAGAAAGUGAGCCAAAGAACAACACUAAUGACAGCAGAAGAUAAACAGAAAAACAAGUGAUAAAUAAUAAGGAGAAGAAUGCUUGUGAUAAUUCAACUGGAGAUCUAGACCAUCAACAUGAAAAAUAGAAAUACACCAGUCUUGUAAUAGAAAGUAAGCAAAAAAAACAAGAGGUGAAGAGUGAAGGAAAGAACAUUUGUGAUACUUUAAUAAUAACUCCAUAAAAUCUCAGAAUAACAAAUGACAACUUCAAUAAAUCAUCUCGGUGACCUUCAAGAGAGAGAGAGAGAGAGAGAGAGAGAGAGAGUUCAAUAUGCUGUUACAUUUGAGAUCAAGUAAAAUUUUUGUGAACGAAUGAUAAGGAAAGAUUGAAGUCAGUCAAUCUUGGAAAAUUACUUAGAUAUACAAAAGAAAGUGUAACUGAGAGUGUUAAAUGUUAAGUAUGGUGGUGGUGAUGGUGGUGCAGGGACAGUUUUACUUAUUUGCUCACUUAUACGCUUCAAUUUCUUAUUUAUCAUUAUCUUUUAUCUCUUUCUACUUUUGUUUGAAUCUUUAUUCUUUAGUUUUUUUAUUGAGUCAGUUCAGUGCAAUAUUACUUUUCUCUCUCUCUCUCUCUCUCUCUCUCUCUCUCUCUCUCUCUCUCUCUCUCUCUCUCUUCAUCUCCUAUAUUUUAUUUUAUUUCAUAUUUUAUAUUUUCUCUUUAUUUCUUUAUUCUGUUCCCUUUCUGUCACUUUCCAACAUUCCUGCCGCCUUUUCAACUCGUACACACACACACACACACACACACACACACACACACACACACACACACACACACACACACACACACACACACACACACACACACACACACACACACACACACACACACACACACACACACACACACACACACACACACACACACACACACACACACCUGGUCUCCCUCAAGCACCCCAUACUUUACAGUGAGUGAGAAAAGAGUAGCUAGAUCAGCAGUGCAUAAGUGAGUGAAGCAAACCAGCAAGUGAGAUGAGAGUGAGUCCUGAGUGAGUCCCUAGAGAGUUGUGAGUGAUUCCCUGCUGCAGCCUGGCCAGGUCCUCUCAGCCUUAGACCGCAAGACAGGAGUGAAAGGUAAAGAAUGAGAGAGAAGAGAGAGGAGGGCCCUUGCUGUUGAGUUUGUUCCCUUGGUGAUGCAGAGUAGAGGAGAGUGUUAAGCCUGUACUAUACCGCCUAGGUGCACAAGUAGGGUAUAAAAUAAUCUGUAGGCUUUUCACGUAAGUGAGGAGUGUGUCUGGUGUUAGUGUCGCCCGGCCACCCAGCGCAGGGAGUGUAGGAGUGAGGGGGAGGAGUGUGUGUGUGCGGUGAUGCAGUGAUGCGCCUGCCCGUGCGUGUAGCCUCCCCCUUGAGAAGACUUAUAUACUUGCCUAUACGCACCUAGAUAUGCUUAGGGUGAUGCUAUGACCCAGCAGUAUACAGUACAAGCAGCAGCAAGUGUAGGUGUUGCCCUUACACCCCUAAACACCCUUAAAUACCCUUCAACACUCUCCUGUGCCCCAAAAACCUGAUUAUUAGGGUUUUUGUGGCAUCAAGGAUGUGAGGAGUCCUGUGUGAGUCCUUGCUGAGUCCCUGAUGCAUCCCAGCCUAUGUCCCUUGCUCCCUCAGGGUUCCCAGGGCCACGGGGAACGCCCAUUGGCUCCUGGACGCUGGCACUGCUGUCUCCUGCAUUGCCAUUGGCUGAUGCAGUGCCAGGAGCCUUGUGAUUUGUGUACAUAUUGGUGACAGUACCUACUUAUUUACUACAACACAGGGAAAGUUAUUGGUGAGAAAUAGUUACACCCCUUUGGCUCUCCCCUUCCCCACACACCCUGGCCCCUGAAAGUGUACCUUGGCCACAGCACCUCCAGGACACUUCCCACAGGUGUUGUGAAGCCUGACACCCUAUGAAGCCCUCUUUGUAUACCAGCGUGAGGCUGCCGGCCCAUGCACCAACCCACUCACCAGCACACAGCUUGGUGACCACCUGACCUGCCUGCGAGAAAACGUGGGGAGGUGGGGAACGGAGGAGGAAGGAGGAGAAAGACAAGGAGGAGAGGAAUGAAGGUUCAACUCUGAUCUCUCCUAUUCUCUCCUCUCCUUGCCUUUCUCACUCCUCACCUCUCUCCUCUCACCUCUUCCUUGCACCACAACGCUCAAAGUUAUAUGUCAACAUUUCUCAGAGGAAGCCUGACAGGGAUGAUAUGGUUCUGUUCUUUAAUGGCGGCUGGCGAGAGGUGGCCACGGGAAUGCUGGUAGGAUGGGCCAGGAUGCUAGGACGCCGGGAGGAUGGAAGGACUCUGGGACAAUAGCAGAAGAAUGGUAGGACGCUGACAGGAUACUGUGAUUGACGGUUAAAUGGACACUUAUAUGAUAAUAGGAUGCUGACAGGUUAUGAUAGGACACUGUAGGAUGUUGGUAGUGCACUGACAGGAUAUUGAUAGGAUGUUAACACUAAUUUCCUUGGCUAGACACAGAAUUGAAGGAUGACUGCUUCAGUGUAGGAGUACUGAGGAAGGAGUGAAGGAUAUUUGAGUGUCAGCUGUGUAGGAGAUAGAGGAGGAUGAGAUGAUGGACUGGAGCAAUACAGUAUACGUACUAAAUUCUUGAAGGAUUUGAAAUGGAUGAAGAGGAAAAGUAGGAUGGAUUUGGUUUGAUAUUUUGUCAUCUUUUGGAGGAAGAGGUGGGGGAAGUAAGAGUCCUGAAGGAGGAGAAGAAUAGGGUUGAAGUUCAGAUAGAGUCCUUCCUUCAUUCCUGCACGAUAUCCGUACCAAGAUUUUCAUUCCUGGCUUUAGAGUUAUUCAGAAAAUUACUUGAUAUAUUAAAAAGAUCACAAACACCCAGUAAAGAAUUAAUAUUUAAUGAAAUAGUUGAAAAAUUGUAAUGUGAGUGAGAAUUCUUGUAUUGAAAUUCUUGUUUGUGUCUCCAUAAAUGUUUGUAAAGGUUGCCUUGGUACAAUUUGUGGUGCACGGCUAACUGCUCACUCGUCACUGGUCACUGGUCACCUCUCGCCAAUGCCUGCGGUCUUCCCUCAAAGAAAAUAAUUCAAUGAAAUGAAAAAAUAAUGUUUUUGAAAGAAAAUUAAUUCAUCUUAAGUACAAGAGGAAUUAAUGAAUUAUUACCAUGCAUUCAUUCACUUAUUCACUCAGUCCUGCCCUUAAAGUUGUUAUUUUCAGUGUCACAAGAUGAAUAAUGAAUAAAUAAGUAAAUGCUAUAUAUUAGAAAUUGAUUUAUCUUAUGUACAAGAGUGAAUUGUCAUGCGUUCAGUGACUUGCUCCCUUCCACUUAUUGUUUUCAGUGUUAUGAGAUGAAUGAUGAGUAAAUAAAGACAUAAAUAGUACUAUCAAAGAAUUCAUUUGUCUUAAGUACAAGAGGAAUUAAUGAGUUAUCCUACAUUGAUUCCCACGAGAUCUAUCAUUAUUGUUUCUUUUCCAAUGUUACAAACUUCAUUGCUGUGUGAGUUUUCGCAUUUCAUUGUUUGUUUGUUUGUUUCCCAUUUUUAUGACGUGUGGCCGUAAAUUAAAUAAACCUGUGCUCUUAAUUAACUGUGGAAGUCUUAAUUGUAUUUACAGAAGCAUAUUGAUGAUAAAUAUUUUGUACUGUACAGAAGGAAACUCAACGAUAAUACUGUAAUGAGUGUCUGUAUAUUGUGUGACUCAUUUGUACUUACUAGGCUGCCUACUUGCUGGGAGGCAGAAUACUAGUGUGUGGGGAGCAAACUUGGUACUUGGAACAUUUUCUCGGGUUUCCUCAAAUGUUGGAAUGAUGGAGUGGAAGCUGGAACAAGAGGAAUUAAAAGCAUUGUCCCUUACAUUAUCUGCUUGCUGGGAGAUUAAAUUGUUUUUAUUUUAGGAUCAAAGAAAAGAUUUAUCAUUUUUGACUCAGCUAUGAAAAAAAUAUAUUGUUUCUUGAUAGACAUGCAUAUCAUUUCUCUUUUAGUUUAUAUGCCAUAGAAAAAGUAAAAAAGUACUCGUCUGUUUCAUAGAAAGCUGAUAUUUCACUAUGUGUUUAUUCUUUGCCAAAAGAAAGAGAAAAACAAUUACAGUGCAAAACAACAUAGGCACUUUUCAUCUCAUUUCUUCUAGUGAGUGAGAUUGAAAAACACCCAACAGAGAGAGAGAGAGAGAGAGAGAGAGAGAGAGAGAGAGAGAGAGAGAGAGAGAGAGAGAGAGAGAGAGAGAGAGAGAGAGAUUUUAUGACCUUUUUUUGUGUGGUGGAUAAGAUAAUACAGGCAGAUGUAUGUAUUAUACUUAUGCCACACUGUAAUAAUACUGUUGUGUCCUUAAGCUGCUGUUUGGGCAUUAAAGCACUUUAGAGUAAUGAGAUAGAGGCAUUACUGAGGCACAGAGAGAGAGAGAGAGAGAGAGAGAGAGAUGGGGAUGCUGCAAUUAUGUAUAACGUAGCUCAAGCAGAAUAUACAUAGUGUAUGAUUAGCCAUUAUGUUGUUACCAUUUGUAAAUAUUCAUCCCCUUUCCCUCCAGCCCACCCCCCUAAAAUAAAUAAAUAAAAUAAAAAAUCUGAAAUAAAAAUACUUUAUAGUUUUUCCCGUAAGAGAGAAAGCGAGCGAGAGGAAAAUUUAUAUUCCUGUUAAUUUAUUUCUAUGGAAAUGUAAAUUCACUUUUUUUUUAUUCCUUAUUAUUGUUUUUUUAUUAUUGUUGUUGUCAUUGUUGUUGUUAUCAUUACUAUUAUUGUUAUUAUUAUUAUUAUUAUUAUUAUUAUUAUCAUUAUCAUUAUUAUUCCUGUUGAUUGUGCCUGGCGUUGUUAAGAGGCAAAGCUUAAUUGUUAGAUCACUUAUACUGGUAGCUAAUUGGUAGAUGUGAUGUGCCAGACAGACAGGAAAUUAUUGCUAUUAUUAUUAUUAUCAUUAUUAUAAUUAUUAUUAUUAUUAUUAUUAUUAUUGCUGUUGUUAUCAUUAUAUUAAAGGGGAAAUAAUAUAUGUUGGGAUUACCUCAGAACAGAGAGAGAGAGAGAGAGAGAGAGAGAGAGAGAGAGAGAGAGAGAGAGAGAUGCAUUACUGUACAUUACUUAACUUUAUGAUUUAAAAUGAAGGUGAACUCCAUCAUCGUCUCUUUGCCCCAAUGAUAUUAAUUAUGUUAUUUGUAACCUUGUAAGCAAUGUGAAGACCUCAGUUAUAUUUUAAUAAAUAGAUAUAUUGG